AUGGCUCGGUUGGAGUGGGAUGCAUUGGUGAGUAGCAGGAUUUGCGGCGGCUGCGUGAUCCUCCUCUCCACGGCGGCGGUGGCCUCGAUCCUGGUCGCGAGCCUCGCCUGGGACGUCUCGCGCAAGGCGGCGCGCGCGCUCGUGGCGGCUUCAGCGGCGGAUGGCGGCGGAAAAGCGGCGUGCCGCGGCGGAAUAUGCUGGCACGGCGUUGCGGACAGGUCGCCGGCGGCUCAGGUUCGGUUUCGUGUCCCGUCCGCGCCGUAG